AUGACUGAGCUAUGCAUGAUCAUCGUGUAUCAAACAACUACAAUACACACUGGACUGAUCCAAUACAUGCACAACUUGAACAUAUCACACAAUCAAACAUGGACACACCACAUUAAAAUGUUUGUUUCUACUGUUGCUCUUGUUCUUGCUCUUGCCACCUCUGCAGUUUUUGCAGUUCCAACCAUUCCGUCCACACAAGAUGCCGUUGACGAUCUUCCAUUCUACUUUCCCAAAUCCACUUACCAGCAGAUUCCUUAUGAACAUUCAUCCAGCCUCAUGGCUUCGUCCAGUGCUGAUCCAGUCAAAACUGGUGUUGCGUAUCUCUGUGACAAACUCAAUCUCACACCUAACGAGUUCAAGGUUUACAAUAAUUUCACAGACGGCGCAGGUGUAACACACAUAUAUGGUGCACACAUGGUUAAUAAUGCACGUGUAGCCAAUCACCAAGCCGCAGUCCAUAUCCAGGACGGCCAGAUUGUCUCGUACUCUGCUUCGUUUGGUACUGAAAGCCAUUUUGCCAAAAGUGAGCUUUCAAUUGCGGAACCCAAAACCAAACUGACGUUUGAGCAGGUUGCUGAUAUUGUGUCCAAGGCCAAGGGCUUGCUCGUUCAUACCGAGUUUGAUUACGAAUUGGAGUAUGUUCAACAAGGAGAUGGCACGCUUGUGUAUGCUUACAAAUUUCAGCUUCGCGACAAGGAUGUUAAUUCUUGGAUCCAAGUCUGGGCCGAUGCUAACACUGGCAAACUGAUCCAGGCUGUUGAUUUCGCCCAUCGUGCAACAUACAAGGCUAUCCAAGUUCCUGGUUUCAAUCCCAAUGACGGUGGGUUUUCAGACAUCAAAGAUCCAGAAUACAAACCAUCGUCGCCCAACGGAUGGACAAACGGAACUGCCACUCAGGGUAACAACGUUAAUGCUGUCGACUUUACAAAAUCACCGCCAGCUCCAGGAACCGGCAUUGAUGGUGUGUUUGACACUAAAUUCAAUCCAGAAGCUGAUCCCAACGAUCCAGACAACAUGCAGGCAGCUGCUGUAAAUUUGUUUUAUAUUGGCAACCUGAUGCACGAUAUCACAUACCAGUAUGGUUUCACCGAGGCUGCAGGUAAUUUCCAAAAUGACAACUUUGAAAAGGGCGGUAAAGGCGGUGAUGCUAUCAGUAUUAGCAUUCUGGACUCGUCGAGUGCCAACGAUGCUGUAUUCCUGACACCUUCUGAUGGCCAGCCUGGUAAAAUGAAAAUGUUCCGAUUUACCCGCGUCAAGCCUAACCGCAGUGGUGGUUUGGACAAUCAAGUUCCUUUGCACGAAUAUGGUCAUGGUGUUUCGACUCGUUUGACAGGUGGAUCUUUGGCGCCUUUGUGCAUGUCGGGCCAUGAAACUAGAGUUAUCCUUGGAGCGUAUGUUAUUAAUAAACCCGAAGGUAUUCGCUCGCAUCCUUACACUACGGACAUGAAAAUCAACCCUUUGACAUAUGGCGACCUUAAAACCCGCACAGAGCUGCACGAGGCUGGUGAGGUGUGGGCAACCAUGCUUUGGGAAGUUUACUGGAACUUGGUCACCAAGAGUGGAUUUUCUACCAAUCUCUACGAUGCCAAGGGCAAGGCUGGCAACAUUGUUGCUAUGCAGAAUGUGAUGGGUGGAUUGAUGCAUCAGCCAUGCAGUCCUAGCUUGGUCAAUGCUCGUGAUGCCAUUAUUGCGUCCGAUGCAGCCUAUUAUAAUGGGGCCAACAAGUGCGAGAUUUGGAAGGGAUUCGCCAAACGUGGUCUGGGAGUAAAUGCAGCAGAUUACACAAACGAUUUCUCUGUUCCAGCAGAAUGUAGUAGCGGUUCACCUCCACCUUUGACCACUACUCGUGGUCCUAAACCUACUUCUGGAUGCACUCGCAUGGACAUUUGCUGCAUCUAUGUUGGAAAAAGCUGUGACCAAGACUAA